AUGGGAUUAACGCCUUUCUCUCUCAAUAAGACACGUCUUUUGGUUGUGUCUGACGAAGUCGUCCAGAUAUCCUUGUUCUCAAAUAAUAGCUCUACCAUACCAGAUUAUGACGAUAGCCCACGGCUAAAAGAUGAGAUAAAGAAUCUUAUAAUAGCAUUCGUCAGGCUGAGAGAUGAUGAUCAAAUAGUGGAUGGCGAGGGAUUCUAUUUGCUUUGCAAAAAGAGGGACUGGAAAAUCGGGAAUCGAUAUAUUUUCAUGAAGAAUGGAAGACGACUUAAAGCACAUAGAUAUAAAUACAAUUUUACAUUGGAAAUCUCUACAGAUCAGAGGAACUCGAGAACGAACGCGUUAAAUGCAGGAAAAAGCAAAGGUGUCCGGCGAAAUCCAAAACUUAUUGUGCGAGAAAUUUUCUUUAAUUCAGAUAAUAAUGAUUACAACUUUACAUCAGAGGACGAUGACAAUAGAAAGGAAGGCGCACCAAGUCGGAUCAAUCUAGAUACGACAGAAAAUGCAUGCGAAUCGAUUGUGACCGAAGGAUCAGCUAGAAAGCUACCCCGAGAAGAAAUGGAAGAGGUCAUUUCGUCGUCACGACAUAAUAUUCAAGUGCUUCAGGAGAAUCAAACCAAUAAUGAAUCCGAGGAUCGCGAUUCCUUGACCCCUUUAUCGAUCGGGAAAAGCAUUAAAAUUCCAUCACGCACGCAUAUUGAUACAUCACCCUCUUCCUCGCCGCUAUCAACAUCGAGGAUGUCUGUUGAACCUUUCAUGGAAACUUCACAAUCAAGGAUGUUUUCUGAACCUCCCAUAGAAACAUUUACUGAACCUUCUAUGGAAACGUUGCCGCUCUCAGUGAUGGCAACCUCGAUAUGCUCGAAAGAAUCGUCACCAAGUUUGGCCGUUGAAACUUCGACAACAAUUGAUCGUCGGUCGUCGUGUGUGAUUGAGGUUGAGCAUGAAAAUUUGAUAAUAUUUUCUGGAAAUGAAGAUGUCGAACAAUCAAUUUCGACCAAUGUUUUUUCUGAAAAUGUCGAACAAUCGACCUCGACAAGUGUUGUUCCUGAAAAUGAAGGAAAUGAGGGCGAUCGAUUAACUCUGACAAGCGUUUUUCUGGAAAACGAGGAUGCCGAACCGUCAACUUCGACAAAUGCUUUUCCAGAAGAUGUUGAACAAUCAACCUCGACAAGUGCUGUUCCUGAAGAUGAAGGCAAUCGAUUAACUCUGACAAGCGUUGUUCUUGGAAGCGAGGAUGCCGAAUUGUCAACUUCGACAGAUGUUCUUAUUUCAGUUGAGAGAGCAUGCAAUCCUCAACUGACGGAACCCGAUUUGGCAUUAAACUUGGAAAUCGCGGAUUUAAUUAAUCAAAAAAAGCAAAAUUGUCCACGCGAUGCUGCAUUUCACAUCGUGAAGCUUAUAAAUCAUCGUAACCCGGCUGUCGGCCUGUUAGCACUGACGCUCUUGGAUAUUUGUGUUAAAAAUUGCGGCUACCCAUUUCAUUUGCAGAUCGCUACCACAGAAUUUCUAAAUGAGCUUGUGAGGAAUUUUCCCGAGAAACCACCCGUGGUCCCCAAUCCAAUACAAUUGAGAAUAUUGGAAUUUAUCCAAGAGUGGAAAUCCACUAUUUGCACGACCUCGCGUCAUAAAGAUGAUUUAAAUCAUAUCGGUGAUAUGUACCGAUUGCUCCUCUAUAAAGGUACAAAAAACGUCGCGCGUCGAGAUAUCUUUCAACGUUAUACGCUAACCAUCAUGAUAUUGAUCACAGGAUACAUAUUUCCCGAGUUGGAUAAUCGAUCAGCGGCGGUCCUCCAUCCAACAGAGACGUUGAAAUCUCCAGAUGAGUUGGAAGAAGAGGACCGUGCUGCGCAAGCAGCGGACCCAGAACAAAAGCCAGACUAUAAAAAGCAAGUUAAUGAAGAAUUAGAGCGAAUUCAAAAGAAAACGAUACUUUUGAAAGAUAUGCUUAAUAAUGUUAAACCUGGUGAAGAAAUUGGAAAGGGUGAUGUAUUUGAGGAUUUGAUACAAUCUUGCAAAGUUGCACAGCCUAAAAUUCAGAAGUUUAUUUCUGAGGAGGACGACCCGGAAAGUAUUGAACGUUUAUUGAAUCUAAAUGACUUGAUCAACACGGUGCUGAAAAAGUACGAAGACAUUUUGAAUGGAGUAUUCGAAGAAACGGAGGAGUUAACACCACCGCCGCCACCACCGCCAUCAAUUACAUCAGAAUCUUGGUUAAUCGAUUUGGGAGAAGAUGAACCUCAAUUACAAGGACAAGGACGAAUUCGAAUUUCUGAUGACUUGCUUGGCGAUACAAGUGCUCCUAACGAUGAUGACGCGAAAAAGGGUGAGCUUGAACAGUUAUAG